UUUCACUCGAGCGGCCUCCAACGAGACCAGCGAGGCCACCAAUUCACCCCCAGACCACCUCACGCUUCCUUCCUCGCCCUUCACUAUCUCUCCUCCGCCUCUCCUCGCCAUCGCUAAACAACCGGCCCAGUCCCUAGACGCCAGUCCAUGUCGAGGCAGCCACGGCAAAGCGUGCCUCGAGUCGUGAAGUCCUGACCCGCUCUCGCUUCCCCCGCCGCUCCUCGUAGAGAUGGAGACGCCCAGUGUGCAGCACGCCACGAGUGUCGCUCCAUCGGCUGAUUCUAGUGCUGCCGGGCCCUACGAAGAAGACUCCGCUUCGAGACACUUUGCAACGACGGCCAGCCAGGUACCGGUGCCAACCAGCAGCAACAACAUCUCCUCCAAUACUACCCCUCUACCAACUCCACCCUCCUCCUCCACCUCCGACACCAGCGCCAAAGAUGCGCGGGUUCAUGGCACACGCUUCCACGAAGACUGCCAUGAGACGGAUCUGGCGAGCCCCCGCCUCAAAUCGAGCAGGAUGUUCAAGGGCAAGGGCAGAGAUGGUGUGGCCGCGGAGGUGCAGAGGAAGAAGCCGCUCACCCUACUCGACUUGCCGCUCGACAUUUUGAAAGACAUUGUCAAGGAAGUCACGCACACCAACGACCUGACCUCCCUAGCCCUGUGUCACAGCGCUCUGCACCAGCUCACAACCCCUCACAUCUACUCUCGCUUCGACAUUGUCUGGCCCGAUACCAACACUCACGCCGAGCCGAGAUCGGGCGUGGAUGCGCUGACUUAUGGAUUGGCGACGCUGGUCAUGGCGGAGGAGAUAUUUGGCGAAGCGCCUGAGCAGAGGUUGCACCAAGGCAAUCGCUUCAUCCCAUCCGGCAAAGGUCCAGCGUCGGAGAUGAUGGUGCGGCGGAGACGAGGGAACCACUACGCUCGCUACACACGCAAGUUCUCUCUCGGCAACGGGCCAUCAGACUGGGUCCAGGAAUACCUCAUCACCAAAGAAGGAGGCAAAAUGCUCGGCACCUUGGUCGCACUUGCCGUUGCCCGCAUGCGCUCACUCGAAACUUUCAUCUGGGACAUGCCCACGGGCAUUCUGCGGGACGUUUGGCUGGCCUUGUCGUCCCUCGGAGAUUGUUACGACGGCAGGCCUUGCCGGUUGGAGAAGGUUUGGGUCCGCUGGCAUGACAAUUCUGCUCUCGAUGCGACUGCCCCCCUACCUCCACCUCCUCCCCCUCUCGACCCGGCUUCGAUGUCUCCUCACUCGAUACCUACCACAUAUCCCGUCCUCCACCCCUCCUUACCCGUGCAGAUACAUCCCGCAGCCCUCGAUCGCGUGGAGCACCCUUCCUUCUCCGCGCUUCCUCCUCUAAAGAGUCUUAGUGUUCUAGACAUCGACGAGCUGGCGUACCUUGACGAGAUGGCUGUGCUGAUCGGAAAGUCGCUCGAUAAGUUGCGCGAGCUUCGCAUAGGGAUUGCGCGCCAUGCCUCUAACAGGCUUUGGACAACCGUUUGGGAGGGGGAGUCUUUGGGACAAAUCGACCCAGACUACCCCACGGCGAGUUCGCUCACCAUCGGAGAGAAACGACUCGGUGGAGUUUUGGGAACAGUGACUGGUUUCAUCAACGACAUGAGAAAAGCACCGGUCGUCCUACCCGAACGAACGAAGCGGAGCUUGCCACGCAGCUCGUCCAUGUCGACCACUUCGCCAGUCCGUCCGGGGACAAGCCCGACCGUGGGUGCGAGUAGUACAGCCGAAACACUACUCCAACAAACGAACGAUUUGACUGCCGGCAUUAGCCUUCAAGACUCCAUCCCCGAGGCACCUUCCAGCGAAGUUCCGGUUGACACUCCAACAUCACCCCACUUUUUGCAGCCGAUUGUCACCUCUGGUGCUGCGUUCGAGAACGACCCUCUUGUCGCGCAGAGCAGCCUUCAUACCAGCCCAAUGCGAACACCGGUCUCGGAGCCGGAGGAUGUACAUCCCAUCCGCCAGGCCGAUAUGCUCGAUGCGACCAUGGCACAGCUGUCCGUGCACGAGCCUGAUGGUCCCCGCCUCAGUCACAUGCUGCAGCUCGAAAGUCUCGAACUCGAGCGCGUGCCACUCUCCAUUCACGUCCUGCAAAAGGCCAUUGACUGGACACGGCUCACAUCGCUUACCCUUCUCAGCUGCCAGAACCACGAACAACUCUGGAAGACACUACGGCGCGUUUUCGCACCCCUUCCGAGAUCUCCAAUUUACCCGUGUUCACGACGCACAUCAGCCUCGACUCCAAGAAAAUCCGUCAAACCGCCGUAUGCCGGCAGCGACAUUGAGCUCGUGUACGGCCUGAAGCUGAAGAAGAUACACACCAACACCGUCUCGCCUGCCCUCAUCUCCUUCCUCAAAGACACUCUCGCUCCCAACAGCCUUGAAGUGCUCUUUCUGCAAGAAGCCAGAUCUUAUCCGUCCAGCGUGACGGUAGAUCAGAUCUACAAGGGGCCCCUGCGACGGCAUCGCAAUAGCUUGCGGAAGAUUCUGAUUGAUAGCUCGGAGAAGGGCCCGGAUGGCUUACCUACCAGUUCCAGCCGAUGGAAGCGGUGGAUGCUGAGCAGGGAUGUGUUGAGUUUCAUCUGCAGUGGCAAAAUGCCGGCAGUGAGGGAGUUGGGAAUGGCCAUUGACUAUCGAGAUUGGCACUUCUUCCUGCAACACCUGCCGUCAAUUCCGCAUCUGCGCUCCCUCAGCAUGCCCUUCCUCGCCGACCACGUACACGGAAGCAACAUCGAUCCCCGCGAACUCGCAUUGCAGAUCGUCGACAUUGUCGCUCUCCGUCCCGAAGUUGAACUCUGCUACAUGGGCAUUGCGAACAAAUGCUUCGAAAUCCUGGAAAGCCGUCGGCACAGUGACUCUUGGGACGCGCGACCCGAGUCGCACCUGGGUAUGCAUGGAGGGAGUAUUGAGGAGGAGGAUGGCGUUGCGGGCAGCGAGGGCGAGGACGAAGAGGAGGAUGCAGAGGGCGAGGAGGCGGGAGAUGAGGAGGUGGAGGACGUCGAUGACGCUGGCGUGGAUACGGAGAGCGAUGAGAAUGAGGAUGACGACGACGAGAGUGAAAGCGAUGCGGAGGGGCCAGCGCGCGCGCGGGGAGCGGCGAGGUUGCGAUUGCGGGAGAUUUUGUUUUAUGACGACAAGGUGGCCAUUUUCAAGGCGAGGCAUGGGCGGUUGUGACGAGGCUUUUGGUGUGCGUGGGCUUCACUAUCGAUAUUUCUUGCUUGCGAUUACGGAUGUGCAAUGGAGCCACGAGAUACGCUUGGAAGAGCACGGCUUGUAUUUUAAUCCAUACAUGACGACGAAAGU